AUGCGGUUUGUGGUGGGGCUGGCUCUGAUCUGGUUGUGUUUUGCACUGGAUGUUGCCUCUUGUGGUAGGAGUGGUGGCGUGGGACUAGAGAUGAAACUUUCCUUGCCUCUUUCUACCAUACCACCAAGCACAUACAAGGCGAGCGGAUGGAUGGGUGGGGAACUGUUGGCCGUCGGGAUGGAGAUGGGCUCUCGGGGGCGGGUGGUGGGUGCUGACGCCAUGACCCAAAAUAGAACGAGGUCCAGAAGCACGGCGCAUAACCUAGCCGGCCGGCCGUCGCGAGUCGUGUGUAUGACACGGGUUCUGGGUCAUGGACAGGUGGAGCUGCGCUCGGCAUGUGAUUAA